UGAACAAGUUGUGGUCGUGUGUAAGAGCGUAAAGUUUUAGACUUCCAGCAGAAACUCCAUCAUAUCUGACCAGGCUACGGGAUAUUUCCAUUGCCGAUGUCAAGCCUUGACGUGCUAACGACUGGCGCGUCGACGCGUCUCGCCGUCCCGGCUACUGUCACCUUGUGUUUCUAUGACUCAGUUGAAGCCGACAGUUGUUUGUGCGUUCAUCAACCUUUACCAACGCGUCCGCUAUACUGCCAGCUCUCUUCCAAUGGCUGCUGUACCUCCAGUUCUUCACGGUUCGGGUAUGAACCUCGAAGUGUUCAAAUGCCUCGAGGCCUGGUGGGCAUCAAAAGACAAAGAUGGGCACAACGUGUCUAUCGGUGAUUUUGGGCGACUCACGGUCGCCUACGGUCUCCAGAUGAACGACCUGAAAUCUAUCAGAGCAAGUAACAUGCGCCUUAACUCAAUGAUCGACAGUUUGAAAGUGGAAUCAAAACUGUUAAAGGAGCGAAACGAAACUUUGCAAGAGAACAUUAACGAGGCUGAACUGACUGAAAAGAAAACGAGAAAGGAAGUUUUAGCGCUGGAAAAAGAUAGAAAAGAUUUCGUGGAACGAAUGGCUGCUAUGGAGAAGAGAACGACGACCCUAUCAAAACAGAUUGAUACCUUCCGAGUCCAGGCAAAGGCACUUGCGGCGCAAGCUCAACAACGUCGUCUAGAAAUCGUGUCUGUGGCUUUCGGGAAAACAUCUUUCGUUGAAGAAUUCUUUGUUCCAACUCGCCUCGUAUUCGACGAACCUACACAAAUGAUGGCUAAACUGCCCUCUGAACUCAGACAGUCUCUGAGUAUAUAUUUCCUUCCUUGCCCCCCUCGAUCCAUGCCUCUCCACAUCCCCAAGAUAGCUCAGGCAGGGUACUGGUUUCAUCCUCCCAUUAUCACACCCGAAGGAAGUCCAGUGGAACUGGUUGUAGAGGCAAAAUCUCACGAGUGGCUAUAUUUGGGUCAAUACCUUUGUGCCCCCUUCGAUGGCGAGGACAUGAAGCUUUCCGAAUGGAUCGAAUUAGAUCCUCUGACUAAAAAUGCCUAUUGUGCUGCCGUCAGUAGGACUCUGAAGGAGAAACACGAUCAAGAAGUCUCCUGCGUCGACAUACAACAGCAGCUGGAUUCAGGGGAGUACGCUCCUCCUUGUUAUAGCUUACAAUGCGUUGGAUACGACUUGGCAUUACAAGGAGCUUUGAUUAAAGCGUCGGCUUCGCCCUGCCUCAAGGGCACACAUCCGUCAGUAUCAGAAGUGUCCCAGUCAGCAAAGUUCUAUGCACCAGUCUCGCUGGCGGUGGAAAGUUAUCAUUCUCGCUUGAGCCCUCCCGUACCGUCCGCGACCCUGGACCCAAAAGCUAGCGCAGGACAGAGACAUCCCGCAGCGCUUCUCUCUACGAAAAAGUGUUGUCAUCCGGAUGACGAAGUGAGUGCGACGAAGAAGGCACGAGUGGACGGUAGGGAGGUUGAAGGUUCACAAUAGAGACUUAGGUUUCCACGGCUGGUUGGACUUUCUGAGACUGGUUGCCUUGGAUGCUUUAUGGCCAUAAUCUGUAUCAUGAUCGUGACAAAUCUGUACUUCGGGGAAACUGUAAAAGGGUGGAUCAUACUGUGAAAAAGGAAAGAAUAUCGAGAUUUCUUGCGUAUGCGUAAAUGGC